UAAGGUGACAGAUCAGUCGUACUGCGGGUCGCGGCACACCAUGGCGGAUGAGCUCCGGCGGGACUUCGCGCCCCCACAAGUCGACGUGGAAGAGGCAGGCCGGGCCAUGGAGCAGUUCGCCCGGGGACACAGCACGGAGGGGCGGCGGGUAGUGCUCGUCACCUCGGGGGGAACCAAGGUUCCGCUGGAGUCCCGCACGGUGCGCUUCCUGGAUAACUUCAGCAGCGGCCGGAGAGGAGCCGCCUCGGCCGAGUACUUCAUGCAAGCCGGCUACGCUGUCAUCUUCCUGCACCGGCACCGAUCCCUCUUUCCGUACAACCGCCGCUAUAGCAACCAGAACUGGCUGGACAAUCUCCGCCUAGUGCCCGCCUCCGGAGGGGAGGAGCCCCGGUUGGAGGCGGAGCUGAACCGCUUGCCUGGCAUAGUAGAAGUCCUGGAGGAUUAUAAGAGGGUGAAGGAGACCGGGAGGAUGAUGGCCUUGGAGUACCACACCCUGUCCGACUAUCUGCACCUCUUGCUGGCCGCUGCCCGGGCACUCAACCCACUAGGAUCAAGUGCCAUGUUCUACUUGGCUGCGGCAGUGUCAGACUUCUACAUCCCAGCGUCCGAGAUGCCAGAACAUAAGAUUCAGUCGUCUAGUGGGCCACUGCAGAUUACAAUGAAGAUGGUUCCUAAAAUGCUGUCCCCAUUGGUGAAAGACUGGGCCCCCAAAGCCUUUGUGAUUUCCUUUAAACUGGAAACCGACCCACAGAUAUUAAUCGAGAAAUCUCGGAAAGCCCUGGCCACCUACCGCCACCAGGUCGUGGUGGCCAACAUUCUGGACACGCUGAGAUCCUAUGUCAUGGUCGUGACCAACACAGAAGAGGCAAAGCUCUCGGUGUCUGAUGAAGAGGAGCGCUCCGGCAUAGAGAUCGAGGAUAAGAUCAUCAAUGACUUGACUUCACGUCAUACCAAUUUCAUUGAGCAGACCAGCUCCAAGCAAGGGUUGUGAUGGGUCUAGACUCUGCAUGGGUCACGGUGCUCUACUACUACAACACGAGAUUAU